AUGGGAGGGGUGGGCAGCACAGUCCAGUUCGAGAAGGCCCCUCCGGGGCUCUGUUCCGUCGCUGGGUCCGUGGGGCCCUCGGAGAAGAGGGACGAAGGCCCCUCUUUGCCCGUGCCUGCUUCCUCUGUGAAACGGAAGCCCCACAUGAGUUUGUGGCUGACACAAGAUGGAGACAGAACUCUCGAUGCUGUCAUCCACGCGCUGCAUGUGUGGGAUGGCAGCAACCAGGAAGUGGAGGCUCCGGUGUCCUUCUCUUGUUUCAGCAGCUCCUCAGGCUGUUUGCUAGAGCACCGCCAGUUGCUUCUAGCCUGGCGCAUGAGCCGUAUAGGGGCCCCAGGGAGGUGUGGUUGUUGCGAGUCCCUCUUGCCCCUAGGGGGUCCCAAGAAAGGGGUCCCCGGCGGUCGGGAUGCGUCUGAAAAGGGGUUCACGCGACCCUGCAGCGGCAGCAGCAACACGAACAUACACAGAAGCACACCUCCAGGAGGGAGCACUCCACGAAGAGGAGUUGGGGGCCCAGAUAGGAGCUCAUGGAGGCGGGUAGUCGGCGCGGGGGUCCCUCAGCCGGACCCCUCCAGUUGUUACUUGGUCAUCCACGCAUACACUGCAGACCAGCAACAGCAGCAAGAACAGCAACAUAGUGAGAGCCACACUCCUGAAGGGCCUGCGGACAGGAGAGGAAGCAUCACCCCUCCAAGGGCACACAGCCCGACCGGGGCAAUGGCGCACACUCCCUCUACAACGGAGAAGGCAUACUGGGACCCCAGCAACAGCGGUAGCAAUAGCUUCAGAGCGGCUGCAGAGUUGCUGAGUGAAGAUUUAGCGCAUCUUCUGACUCAAGCAGAAACUCGUAUUGCGGCAGAUACUCGCCGCCACAGUGUCUGGCAUGCUGUGCACUUUUGCGGUUGCUGCUCGCAAAGCAAGCAACAACAGCAGCAGCAGCAGCAGCAGCUCAGGAGCAGAGACAGGAGUAGAAGCAGCACUGAAAGCCAGGAAAUCCAGGAACUUCCCUGUAUACAGCCAGGGAGUCACUCGGGAGAACAACAACAACAGAGAGAGCAACAGCAGCUGCAACGGCAACACCUGUGGGCCGUGUACCUUUGGGAAGGAGUGGAGGCCCCUCGUUACAUUUUGGAUCACGCGCGACUACGCACGCUCCGUCUCGUGGAGGCUCUGGAGAGCUGCGAGCAAAGGGGGGUCCCCAUCUCUCCUGCGACGUUGUUGCCUUGGGCUUCCUUUGCUUUUCUACGCCCGCAGCAGGAGGGUCCCCGCUGUUGGCCUGCGGUAGAAGUUUUGGAGGGAGGAGAUGCCUCUGGGAACCUACAGGGGAAACAGCCGGUCGUCCUGGAUGGUGGUUCCUUGCUGGAGCGAAAUGUGCUGCUGCUUCGGCUGCUGCUGAGGUUGCCCAGAUUGGCAUAUGGGGCUACCCCAUCCAUUCCAGCCGUGUCUCGGAGUGUUGCUCCAGCUUCUGAGCUGCCAGUGGCACCAGAGAUAGCAGGAGCAACCCCAGCAACAACCUCCGCAGCAACAGCAGCCGUGGUAACCACGGCUCCGCAUAGCGAAGUGGAGGCUGUUGUGGCUUCUCCUCAAAGAGCCGUUCAAGAGGAACAAAUGCAGCGGCAGCAACGGGAGAAACAGCAAAAUACGCUGGAGCAGCAGCAGCAACAGGAGGACCGCUCCGUGCACACUGCGCCUUUCGUGCCCCGCCUGGCCCUUCAUAGCAAGAUCCUGCCUCGCCUCCAGUUGCAACCGCAAGGGAGCAGCGCUGAAGGGGAGGAGCCCCCAGCUCUCAGCGGUAGCAGCUCAAACAGAGCCCUGCCGAGCAGAGGAGGCUCCCGGCGUUCUCCUGUGGACUUCGCUGGCAGCGAGAACAGCUCUUUGUCUUCGUCUGUCUCUGUUUCCCCAGUCUCGUCCUCGGGCGAAAUGUCACCUGUGGAAGGGCAAGGAAGAGGGCAACAGCAACAGAGGGCCCCGAGCGGGCCCCUCCGACCCCAAGGGGGUCUCCGCUUACAGGGCGUCCCCAAGCUAGCCAUACCGAAACUGGGGGGAGGUGGGGGGCAGUCUCCAUGUUCCCCAGCAGCAACUGCAGCUGCUGAAGCAGCUGGGGUUCGCUUGAGCCCCCAAACAGGGAGCUGCGAAGGCCUCUCGCCGUUGUUCUUACAGAAAGAGGCAGAGAAUAGCCGCAGGCCAUCUGCUGCCUUUGCCUUUAAUCAAGCAACAAGUGGAAGGGGCGAUUUGCCCUCCUCCCGAGAGCCAGCUGCCGCUGCUUCCUCGCUGAAGCACCAGCCCUCGCACCAGCAGCAGACUGUCCCGGCAGGUGCCCGCCUUUCAGGUGUCCCAUCAGGGUCACCAGGCGGCCGGCACACUUCGGGGCUUCUCAGCCCUCCUGCUGCCUCUCCAGGGGGUCUGCAGUGUUACAGCGGCGGCGGUAGCAACGCAGGGUCGUUAAGGGAGAGCUUCGGUUCUCGGAGGAGACGUACGGAAGAGGUGUGCAGCGGCACCGGCGCAAACAGUGCCAAUAGUAGAAACAGUUAUAGGAAGUGCAGCAAUUCCAGCACCGCAACUAGCAGCAACGCACCCGACUACAGGCUGCUUUCCCAGGCAUCAGCCGAGGAGGUGGACGUCGAACCUGCAAUUUUGCGUGACUCUCUGGAGGGCAUGGGUCUGUACAGCCGCACACGGCAGCAACAGCUCGUCAACUUCAGACGCGUCAUUAGCGAUGUAUAUGAAGGCCGCCUAUUCGUCUCAGGAGCUGCUGCUGCUUGCGACUUAGAGUGUUUGAAGAGGGCCGGUAUUACGCACGUGGUCAACACGAUCGGUGACAUUUGCCCUAACGUCUUCGCAUCGCUCCUGACUUACAAGACGUAUUAUCUCAAGGAUACACGACAGCAGGAUAUCAUGUGUGUUUUUUAUGACUGCAUAAGGUUCAUAUCCGAAGCGAUAGAUGAGGGCGCAGAGGCUGCCGCGGCAGCUCGUGCUCUUACUCCGGCAGGUCGUGCUCUGGCUCCUGGUGCUGGCGUUUCUCCUGCUUCCGCCGGCGGUGCCAGUAUUCCGUUAGUCAGCAACACAAACAACACGAAUAGCGAUCGCAGCAGCAGCAAUACUUGCAAAAGCAGCAAGAAUCCCCACAAAGUGUUGAUACACUGCAAAGAAGGUGUGUCGAGGUCGGCCACUCUCGCGAUCGCCUUCCUUAUGUGGAGACUCCGCCUGCCUUUUGCUGAAGCUUUUGAACGGAUGCGGAGUCGCCGUGCUAUCUGCAGCCCUAACACAGGUUUCACGUUCCAGCUGCUGCUUCUGCAGAAGCGCUUAGGCCUCCGGCAUCCCCGCGCGUCCAUUACAAAUCUCGAUCUUACUGCGUCGAAGGAUGGGCAGGAGGCUCUUAGGAGUCCUCCUUCCAUGGGGGGGCUGGUAUCAGCCCCUUCCUCGCCAGAAUCUAGUCGGCGUUGCACGACGCCGGGGAAGGGCACGAAAAGGGCGGGGUCUCCCUUAGAAUGCGGCUCUCCCGCAGGCGUACCGUCGGCUUCCCGGGGCCCUUCACCGAAAACCAUUGGGCCAUCUGCGCCUCCUUCACCCACCAUCCCCCUUGACUUGUCUGGUGCUUCUAGACUUGCUGGCAACCCGUGUACCACAGGGCCGCCGCUCGAAGCGGACGAUGCAAGGACCCCGCCAAAAGGUCUGGGCCCCAGAGCACCCCGCAUAUGUGCACCACCCAGACCUGGUGGAGACAGGGAGGAAGGCAGUGGCACGCAUCCACAAGGAGACAGCCCUUUUGCUUCAGUAGAAGCUCCACCCGCAGUACCAUGUCUCGCCUCGUUGCCAGAGCCCGCUGCAGCAGCCGUUGCAGUGGCAGCAGCAGCAGCCGAGACCCCCUCACCUGUAGAGGAUUGCGUGUUGCUUCUGCGUCUUGUUGUGCAUUCGGCUUACUCCCCCGACUUCUUACUUUGGUCAGAAAUGACAGAGUGGCAACCAGGAGUAUUGCCCCUAAUGUCGGAGCAAGGGGCAUAUAUGCUGAGGAGCGGCGGCCAGGCUUGGGUGUGGAUGGAUAGCAGCAAGUGCCUACGCAGACCAACAGAUGUCGAGGAAGCAGCGCGGAACUAUCAAGAAAACGUGGCGCUUGUCGAACGGCGCAGUAAGCGACAUACAGCUCCAUUACAUCUCACCCGGGUUGGAGCCUCCAGCCUUUUGUUGGAACCGAUGGUGCCAGAGAAAUCUGAAGAGCCAUUUCGCUGGAGAGACUAUUGCGCCUUUGACCUUCCUGCGGACUGGGAAGCAGUGGGGGCAUCUGAGGGGGCCUUAAUGCCUACUGGAACCUCCCAAGACCCACCAACCACUCAGGUGCCAGGCGUUGUGGAAGGAGCUACAGAGGGCCCCUACAGGUCAUACGAAGUAACUUCAGAUCCACCACAGAGCAGCAGCAACAACAGCAGCAGAGCAUCCUCUGGUGUGCCGUCACUGCGACGGUCACUCGAGCUGUUUGGGAACCCCGCGGAUGGGAUUCCACCAGAAACAGUAGGAGCAGGAGUGAAAAAUGCCGAGGGAGGAGCUAAGCUAUUCUGUCUCCCCGACCUAGAAGAACCGCUGGACCUUUUUGACUCGGAGGAUCUCUUGCCAGACAGGGUUUUCCUGCUGGUGGAGGGGGACAGCGACAGUGCUCGAAGCGGGACGAUAGGCGCUGAAAUGCUUUCGUCUAAAACAGCAACAGCAGCCGAAACAGUCAGAGCAUGGCUGUGGGUAGGGGCCGAGGCGGCAUUUGACCCGGCCAGGGAUCAAGAAGCUGUCAGGGCCCAAGUUCUGGGGGCUUUCAACCUCCAACCCGGUCAGCUACAGCUUUCUGUCGAGCUGGAGGGGGAGGAAUCAGAGACGUUCUGGAGCUACUUUGCUAAUGGAUAG